AUGGGGAAGACUGGGCAGAGUACAGUGGACUUAAGCUCCCCAUCAGAGGUCAAACAAGCUGUCCCUUCUGAGGACCUGGACUCCACAGGCCCCCCUACAGAACAGAAGAAGGAAAAGGAGGUUCCACCUGACAGGGGAGGCUGGAAGGGGAAGUUUGACUUCCUGCUGUCAUGUGUUGGAUAUGCCAUUGGAUUGGGAAAUGUCUGGAGGUUUCCUUAUUUGUGUGGCAAAAAUGGUGGAGGUGCCUUCCUAAUUCCAUACUUUAUGACCCUGGUGUUUGCUGGGAUACCGCUCUUCUUCCUAGAGACAUCGCUGGGACAGUUCACCUCAGUAGGUGGGCUAGGGGUGUGGAGACUUAUUCCUAUGAUGAAAGGUGUUGGUUUGGCUGCUGUUGUAUUGUCAUUCUGGCUAAAUAUCUACUACAUAAUCAUAAUUGCCUGGGCUCUCUACUACUUAUUCAACUCCUUCAGUUCGGAGCUGCCAUGGCAGAGCUGUGAUAAUCCCUGGAACACAGAAAACUGCUUCUCCAAUUACAGCCUGACAGACACCACCAACUUGACCAGCGCUGUCACAGAGUUCUGGGAACGUAACAUGCACCAGCUUACUAAUGGUCUGGAGGAGCCAGGAGAGCUGCGCUGGCCUUUGGUGGGCACCUUGGCCCUGGCUUGGGUUCUUGUCUACUUCUCAAUCUGGAAAGGAGUAGAGUGGACGGGAAAGGUGGUUUAUUUUUCCGCCACCUAUCCGUACUUCAUGCUGUUCAUCCUGUUCUUCCGAGGAGUCACCCUUCCCGGAGCCAUUGAUGGCAUUCUGUUCUACAUCACCCCAGACUUCAAUAAGCUCGUUAGAUCUGAGGUGUGGUUGGAUGCAGCAACUCAGAUCUUCUUUUCAUAUGGACUGGGCUUGGGCUCACUUAUCGCACUUGGAAGCUACAACACUUACCACAAUGAUGUGUACAAGGACUCCAUCAUAGUAUGCUUCAUCAACUCUUGUACUAGCAUGUUUGCUGGGUUUGUUAUCUUCUCUAUUGUAGGAUUCAUGUCCUACAUCACAAAGAAACCAGUGCAGGAACUAGCAGCAUCAGGUCCAGGUUUGGCAUUUCUCGCCUAUCCUCAGGCAGUCACCCAGCUUCCCAUGUCUUCCCUCUGGGCCAUCCUCUUCUUUUCAAUGCUCAUGAUGCUCGGUUUGGACAGCCAGUUCUGCACCGUUGAAGGAUUCAUCACAGCUCUAAUGGAUGAGUAUCCCCUAGUGUUGAGGAAGAGGAAGAAGCUCUUCAUCCUUAUUGUUUGUUUAAUCUCCUUCAUCAUUGGAUUCUCUAAUAUCACUCAGGGUGGUCUGUAUGUCUUCAAGAUGUUUGAUUACUACUCUGCCAGUGGGAUGUGUCUUCUCUUCCUUGUCUUCUUUGAAACUGUUUCCAUAUCCUGGUUUUAUGGAGCUGAACGGUUUUACAAGAAUAUUGAGGACAUGAUUGGUUAUCGACCAUGUAUCUGGUGGAAGCUCUGUUGGCUCUUCUUUACACCACUGAUCUGCCUGGGAGUCUUCACCUUCAGUGCAAUUGAAAUGACCCCACUAAUGCUUGGGAAGUAUGUGUAUCCAUUGUGGGGCCAAGUGAUUGGAUGGUGUAUGGCCCUGUCCUCAAUGAUCCUCAUCCCAGGCUAUGUGAUCUACAUGUUUUUAACCACCAAAGGCAGCAUCAAACAGCGUUGGAAGAGGAUGACAACUACCCAGGAGGAUGAAAAGUCAUCAGGGCUGGAAGAAUUCACACACACAGGGAGCAUGGUAGAGGCUCCUGUGUAGCCAGGAUUGUUCAAGUCAGGCUGUUCCAUCUGCCA